CCUGCUCCACACUGCUCUCCCCCACUCUCACCUGGAGUUGCAGUACAGAUUCAGGCAUCUCACAAACGAGGACUCACUCAACUCAAGCAAAAUGGUGAAAGUCGGUGUCAACGGAUUUGGCCGCAUUGGUCGUCUGGUAACCAGAGCUGCUUUCCACUCCAAGAAGGUGGAGAUUGUGGCCAUCAAUGACCCUUUCAUCGACCUGGACUACAUGGUCUACAUGUUCAAGUAUGACUCCACCCACGGCCGCUUCCACGGGGAGGUCAAGGUUGAGGGUGACAAGCUGGUCAUCGAUGGACACAAGAUCACCGUGUUCCAUGAGAGGGACCCUAGCAACAUCAAAUGGGGGGAUGCUGGUGCCCAGUACGUAGUGGAGUCCACUGGUGUGUUCACCACCAUCGAGAAGGCCUCUGCUCACUUGAAAGGCGGCGCCAAGAGAGUCAUCAUCUCUGCCCCCAGCGCUGACGCACCCAUGUUCGUCAUGGGGGUCAACCACGAGAAGUACGACAACUCCCUCAAAGUUGUCAGCAACGCUUCCUGCACAACAAACUGCCUGGCCCCCAUGGCUAAGGUUGUCAAUGACAACUUUGGCAUCAUUGAAGGAUUGAUGAGCACCGUUCACGCCAUCACCGCCACCCAGAAGACCGUGGACGGCCCCUCAGGCAAGCUGUGGAGGGACGGCCGCGGCGCCAGCCAGAACAUCAUCCCUGCUUCCACCGGCGCCGCCAAGGCUGUCGGCAAGGUCAUCCCCGAGCUUAACGGCAAGCUGACCGGCAUGGCCUUCCGUGUGCCCACCCCCAACGUGUCUGUGGUCGACCUCACCGUGCGUCUGGAGAAACCAGCCAAAUAUGACGACAUCAAGAAGGUGAUUAAGGCGGCGUCUGAAGGCCCCAUGAAGGGCAUUCUGGGAUACACCGAGCACCAGGUGGUGUCCACAGACUUCAACGGCGACACCCACUCCUCCAUCUUUGAUGCUGGCGCUGGCAUCGCUCUCAACGACCACUUUGUCAAGCUGGUCUCAUGGUACGACAACGAGUUUGGCUACAGCACCCGCGUGUGUGACCUGAUGGUCCACAUGGCCGCCAAGGAGUAAACCCUCAUCAAUGCACUUUGUCACAUUCUUCACAACAGCUUUGUUUACUACACACCUCUCCACAGAUUGCAAAAUAUUUAAACUAGUGACCAAUUCUUGCCUGAAGUUAUCUGUUCUCUUGUGAGGAGUGAAGGUGGAGAGUGUCUGGUCCUGCACUGCUGCAGUCAGCGGAGAAAUUAAAGUCCUCUUUGUGAGA